AUCGGCAGCGGAGGCGGCGACUCAGGGUCCUACUCGUCCUGGUCCUUCUGAACAUGGCCAAGAUGCUCUCACACUCGACAACUCUGCAGGCCCAGUUCGACGAGUGACUCCAAACUGGCCAGAACCCCAAUGGCUCGCUACCUGAAGAGCUCGGGUCUCAAAGCGUCUACAUAGAGCUCGCACUCCCUUCUGGACAAUUCAGGCGCAGGAAGCUCACGAGCUGGGGAGCUAGGAGGCCAGUGACAGCGAUCCGAGAUCAAUCAGAAGAACUCGGAUCGAUCGGAGCAAAGAAAGGAGAGGAGAAUCCGUCGACUUCAAAAAUGCCGAGGGCGGGAGAGCUGAUCGUCAGGCUGAAGCAGUCGAAAGGAAUCAAAGGAGAUGAGGCUCUCGGAUUCGGCAAGGCGGAUGUGUUCGCCAAUAUGUCGCUGGGGGGCGAGAGGAGGUCGAGCAAGGUGGUGACGGACGGAGGCUCGGACUCAGUGUGGGACGAGGAGUUCAGCUUCAAGAUCGCGGCCUACGUCAACCUCAGCCUCUACCAGUACCUGAAAAUCUUCAUCUACGACCAGGACUACGUCUACGACAGCCGCCGCGGCACUUGCAAAAUCGACGUCAAGAACCUGCUCGACGAGCACGAGGACGAGGUCCCCGACAAGGAGUACCCGGUCAUGUUCCAUGGAGACCAGAGGGGUUCUCUGAUCGUCGGAUUCUCCUUCAAGCCGGCGAAUGUGCUCCCCGUCGUGAAGCCCGAGCUGACAAGCGUCAAAUCUGAGAAGGAGGACGAGUCGACCUUCGACCACUUGAUGCACAAGAUCCAACAUAUUGGCCAGCGUCGCUAUCACAAGCCAAGGAAGUCAGUCGCUGCGGAGCAGCCCGUAGUUGGACCUCUCCCACAUAUAAAGGUACACGCGGAGAAGCAGGACGAGGAGGAGGACGACGACAAGGAGGACGGGGAGGAGGAGGGAGAGGAGGGAGAGGAGGGAGAGCAGGAGGAGGAACAUAGUGGCUGGACCUCGGAGUCUGAGCCCGAGUGCGAAGAACAGGACUUCGAGUUCGACUUCUCAUUCAAUUAGACAAGCGAGAGCUGCCGCUGCCCCGUCGAUCUCCUGACGGACCGAUCCUAACAUAAUCACUCACUCAGUCCCGGAAUUUCUCAGCUCCGCAGGCCCGAGCAGAUUCGGUCCAGUGGAGAUCCGGUCCAUCCGACUCACGAGCACGAGAAGGGUUUCUUGUACCCGUCCCGUCGGAUCGAUCCAGCCUCUCGAGAAUGGCAAUCGUUGCGUGCCAUGGAGUCCCGGUGGCCUUCAUAUCGUCCAAGCUUUGUAGAGCUAGGAGGCCAGUGGGGAUCCGCGUUUUCUGAAUCAGUUUGCUGCUUAUUAGUAUUAUUCACGUCUCUGUACAAAUACUGUAUAGGACAACCGGAAUAUGUCUGUAGCACCCGCUCGCUGGUCGCGAUCAAAGUACUGAAAAUUGCGUCACGACUUGCUCUAUAGUUUCAUGCUCUUAGCCAUGGCUGCAAUGAUCCCAAUUUAUCCCGUUUACUCCAGAUGGAGUUCAUUUGUAACGAUCACGAUGUUUCGCUUUAGCAGUCUUUAUAGCGAAUCGAUUGGAAAACCACACAUUCCUCGAUUCGGAUAUGAAGCCGAAUAUUCAAUUGAAAGAACUGGGAAGUU